CGAUAAAUAAUUUUAGUCAGCUGGUUAUUUUAUAAAACUGGAAUAAUUUUUGUUUGUUCUUUAAAAACUGCGUCAUUUUAUGAUUCUCUUUCCCCCUUAAAGUUAUUGUUUACAUUUAAAGCACUGCAGCCAUCUAUAAUUAUUUUAAAUACGGAUUUAUAAUUGAAUAAACACCCAUGUAGUAAUUAGUAGUUAGACCGUCUUGGAAAUAGGGGUACGACCAGACUAUGAGAUGGCAUGAAUGUCGCUUUAAAAGCAAAGAAAACAAAACUGCAGACAGACAAAUAGAUUUUAAACAAUUGGCAUAAAAAAAAGUUCAAGAGGAUAAUUUAGCUAUACUGUAGUCAAACUUAAUUUGGAGCCCUUAUUGACAAUGGCCCAGAACGCUCCCGAAAACAAUGAAUUACCGACUACUGAUGAGAGUACAGCGCUAGCAGUCCCUCCAGGUGCUUCUACACAAAAUUCAUCCAUCACAAACAAACGAGAAGAUAGUAACAGUAUUGAAGAUAAGUUUAAACAUUAUGCAAACACUAUUGGAACUACAGUUUUUGAUGUUAAAAGGAAAGGUGUCAUAGUUCUUCCUAAGAUUCCUCAGGAAAUCUAUGAAUCUGAGGUUUGUCAGAGUUUGGAAAAGGCACCCGAUCUCUACGUGAUACGAAUGAUCGACGAAACCAAUGAUUUUAGUUUUACGCCGACUAGUCAUUACAAAAUAUGUUAUUCCUCUGGGCAGACCUGUAUGCUUGCAGGGGAAUUGGCUAGUAAGUCUCACCUAGUACACAAGACAAUUAGGCCGUUUGUAACAACAAUUAUCGAUAUGAACCAUGAGCCGUUCAUGAUCAUUAAGCGACCAGCUUGCUGCAAAUACUUCUGGAAUGCUACAAAUGAAAGAGUAUUCGUCUACCUUAAACCUAACAAUUACAUUGGCAGUGUUAAACAAAUCUGCAGUAUGAUGAGCCCUAGAUUUAAAAUCAGUAUACCAAAUGGCAGGCGGGUAUAUAAAAUAUAUCUUAUUGAAGAUUUGGAUUCGGUAUGGGAAGUAUGGUCUAGCAGCACUAAAUUCAGAGUCCAAGACAAUCGUAACAAUCUGGUAGGAACGAUUUUUAAAAUAAAAUGGAAAGGGAAGGACAAUGAAAGUAAAUUGCUUAGUGGAGGAUUCAAAGUUAGCUUUAUAAAUCAUAUGGAAUCUGUCUCUAAAGCUCUCAUCAUCGCCUCAGGCUUUCUAAUUGAAUGUAUGUAUUUUGGAAAAUGACGCCAUGAUCUAAUAAGUUUGCCGGUGCAAACAAAUAUUUUAAAAGUCAGUUUUAACAAUAUAAUUUUGCAAUAAAGUUUAUUUUCU